AUGUCACUCGGACUAAAGGGCGUCAUCCUCAACUUCUUCCGCUCCCUGCCGCGGCUGUGCCUGUGCCCGCGGCGCAACGAGCGCUUCCGGGACGCGGCGCUGGCGGGCUUCAUCGGGUGCCUGCUCGGCGCGGUGCUGGUCAACAUCGUCGUGGUGGUGCAGGCGGCGCGGGAGAAGAAGAAGCAGCAUCAGCAGCAGCAGCCGCAGCAGCAGCAGCAGAAGGGGGUGCGCGGCGGCAGGCACGAGUUGCCGGCUGACAAGUUUGACGGCGGGAGCCCCUGGCCGAUGAGCGCGACGAAGCAGAAGAAGCCGCAGCAGUGGCAGGAGGAGCAGGAGGAGGAGCAGCAGCUGGUUUCUGGCCUUGACGGCGGUGCUGGCAAUGCUGGUGCCGUGCAGAGUCUGCAGAUUCAGAAGCCGGAGGAGAGUGUUCAAAAGCAGCAGCAACCACAACAACAGCAACAACAGCAACAGCAACAGCAACAGCAGAAGCAGAAACAGCAACAGCAACAGCAGCAACAGCAACCGCAGGGAUUGGAGCUGCAACGGUUCGAGACUCAGGGAUCGGAUAUGCAGCUGCCGCAGCUGCCACUCCCGCAGACACCAGCGCAGCGCACGCUGCCGACGAGGCCGCACUCGCACCCGCAGCAGCAGCUGCCCAAGCCGCCGGCGCCGCGGGGCACCAAGUCCAGGUCCCUGCCCGCGACGCCCAAGCCGCCGGCCGGCGCUCAGGGGUCCAGCGUCGCCGUGCGCCCGGCGACGCGGCGACGCGGGUUCUGA